CGACCUCCCUGAGUGUCUAUUGCCCGACGGCAAGCCCAUGGACAUUGUGUUUUGUCAUCGGCGUUCACAUGGCAAACGAUCGGGUCCCGAACGGGCAGUGCCACGCCAAGAAUGUGCUGCGCUGGCUGAGCAAAGCCUACACAAACACUGGUUGGCCUCCGCGGAACAACCACGUGCGAUCCUGCGUCUUCGUCACCACCUCACGGACAGAGUCGGGCGCUGCACUCGUUCCAUCCCACGAAUGCGAUCAACGCGGCGAAUGUUUGAAAGGGCUCAUGCCGUCGAAAUGGAGGGGACGCCAAGAUCGGCGACAACGCGCGCCAUGCAGAGAUCUCCCCUUGAACUUGCCGUGACGAUGCUCUCAGGUGUUACAGUACAGUGUCGCACUUGAGACAGAAGUGGAUUUACUGACGCACAAAACUUGGCGCCUGAGCGGGCUUGCCACUUACCAUUCUGCAUGAACAUGCAGUGCUGCUUGACGUGGCAUACUCGGCGUUCGACAUUAGCGCCACCUACUUACAUGGCUUCCGGGCUGCCAUCGACGCCCGCACCUCCCUUGUCCGUCAUACCAGCGUGGCAUAGGUCUUGCGGUUGAAUCUCCUCCCUAUAUCGCGUGGGCUGAGUGCGUCUACAUCGCAACUGCUCGACAUUGAGGCAAGGUAGAACGCAAGCAGUGAUGCCUCUGUCCUUACGCCGCGAAAAUUGAGACAACUUGACCAGCUCGUGUGUCGUCGCCUCCUUGCUAACUUGUUAGCUUGUCUAGCCACAGGCAGCUUGGAAAACCAUCAUCGGUCAUGGGUUCUCCUGUUCGGAAAGUUUGCCUCGUUGGCGCCAGCGGCACCGUUGGUUCGGCUAUACUCUCCGAGCUUCUCGCUGCUCGCUGUUUCAUCGUUUCCGUGCUCCGCCGUUCCACAUCCUCCUCGGUGCCGCGCCAGACGGAGGCCAUCGCCUCGAUCCUCUCCGUCUCCCCCGCCUUUGACACGGACGAGCUGUCGCAGGCCCUCGUCGGCCAAGACGCCGUCGUCGCUGCCUUUCCCGUAUCGGAUGUUGGCCAGCACCUGCGGCUUGCAGAAGCCGCGGCUCGUGCUGGCGUGUUGAGGUUCAUUCCCGCCGACUUUGGGUCUUGCGACGCCUCGAAUUCUUUUGCGCAGGAGUGCGCCCAGCUAUAUCGCGACAAGAUGCGCAUUCGCGGGUACUGUGGCGAGCUGGCCGCCCGGUCUGCGACUUUCUCCUGGACGUCACUCGUAUGCGGACACCUUUUUGACAAGGAUCUUUACGAGGGGUAUUUGCGCUUCCAUCUCGACACAUGUAGCGCAGAGAUAUUCGAUGGCGGUCACGACAGAGCCUCGUCCUCAACCCUCCGCCGCAUUGGCCAGGCCGUUGUCUCCGUCCUUCGGGACCACCUGGAGGAAACCUGCAAUCGAACUCUGUUCAUCCAAAGUUUUAACCCGACCCAGGCCGAGAUCCUCGCAGCCCUUGAGCAGGCCACAAGCAAAACGUGGAGAACCAAACACAUCGACUCGGAUGUUUUCCUCGAGAGACAACGACGUCGGUUCGAAGAGGGUAACGAGGACGCCCUCGAGGAAAUUGUAUUCGUACUUGGCACUCGCGAUGCGGACUGGUCACAUAAAGACAGUUUCGCCAACAGGCUGCUCGGACUCGAGAACGAGAAUUUAGACAAUGUAGUGUCCCAAGUGGUAGCAAAGCACGCAAGGGCAGGCAAAGAGCCGCCCAGGGAUUGAUGAAAGCUGAAGGCAUUUUGUCAAUUGGAAGCCCCUUGUCCGGUGGCAUCCUCACAUCUGCAACGCAUUCAGUGUCUUAUGGACAGGGGAUCUAUUGACAUGGUCCACCGGUGUGGAGCAUGUGUGGCCGAGUACUUUGGCCGCUGCUCUGCAGAGCCACGGCAGGACGCGCGCAUUGAUGCCCGAUCAUUGAUGGCCCGUGGCACACCGCCAGGACUGGCCUGGAACUAUUGGGUUCAAGUAUCGUUCCCGUUACAAAUGUACUUUGACCUUACAUGGCCCUGCACAACGUGCUGUAUCUAUUGCGGUAUGAAUUUGAAGCGAGACCGGCAUCAUGGUUGGUAUUCUCGAUUUCCACUGGGAAGCGUCGGCUGUGAGUUGACUCCGGCACCGGAGACGUGGCGACAAGCAUUGUGGUCCACUGUCUCCUGGCACAUUUUGCUUGCAUUAUCCACGGCGACUGGCCGGCAUCAAAAAUCACCAAUCUAGGGCGAUGCCAUUUUGCAUGCUACAUGGUCUGGGCUCCGUUACAGCUAGCCGGG